AGAUUUACGACGCGACGAAAUACCACAAUCGAUAGUUAUUGAAGUCAUGCGACCGAUGCUGAUAUCUCGAUGAGCUUGCCUUCCUCGGACAGAGAUGGGCUGUCAACAUGGACGAUGAUCAUCUAGAUCUAUCUCCAAAUGGAGAAAACGGAGAAAACGGUGACGCGGCCUCGAGCGAUGAGGAGACAAUCAAGGGAGAACAGGGACAUGAAGAGGUAGCUGAUGUUGAGGGAGAGGAUGACCAAGAGAGCAUCAUAUCCACCCAACCUACCGGCAAUGGAGCUAUCGCAAAUCGGUAUCAUCAACUGCUGAAGGAUCGCGAUGAUGCGUCGGAAGCGGGAUCAGCUGAGGGUAUACCCCGAAGAGUUGGGAGUCCAAUAGACUCUCUACUCUCCGUGCCGGAUGACUCACCUUCUCUUCAGGGUUCUAUGAUAUCUUCCCCUGGAAGUAGUAGGGUCCCAUCUCUAGCCUCGCGCCCUGGGCUAAAUAGUCCGACACCUUCGUUUAGGCCCUUCGACCGACGAUUCCAAUCGCGUAUAUCCUCCCCAUCAUCCGUGCUCUCUCCACGACCAGGCUCGCCUGCAUUUCUCUCCGGGCAUAGUAGACAGGCGUCAUUGAGCAGUCAAUUUUUCUUAGAAGUGGGCGACGCGGAAACUCCUACGCCUCCGUGGGAGGUUGUGCGAUGGACGAAACUCAAGAAAUUGAACGGACAGGCUUUCUCUGAAUCCGGAAAGCGGAGCUUGGGUUCCCCUACGUGUAUAGCCGUGUCUGCCUCGAUCGUGUUGGGAACCUCCAAAGGCAUAAUCUUAAUGUUUGAUUAUAACCAAAAUUUGAAAAUGAUUAUCGGCCCAGGCACUAAAGCUGUCGAAUCCGGGCCGAUUACCGCCAUUGCUAUAUCCGCUGACUAUACGACGAUAGCUGGCGGUCAUGCAAGCGGAAACAUAUUCACGUGGGAUACUAGCAGGGCCUCUCGACCAUUCCUACAUAUACCGCCCCUUGAUGACUCUCAAGUGCAACACCGGACAACGGAUGGCCAUAUGCCGCACGUAUCUAUAACACAUUUAGGCUUCCUAGGCACUAGGCAUACUGCCCUAGUCUCCGCCGACGAUCGCGGCAUGGCGUUUUCUCACCUGGCGACUCGGGGUACUGGCGCCCUUGGACGAACGGUCAAGACUUUCAGGAUUUUGGGUCGAUAUCCCGAUGCGCCACCUCCUGCAUCGGGUAAACCCCUUAAGCCUAGUACCGUACUGGGCUUUUCUUCACUGCCACUUGGGAAUGUGGAGCGAGCGACAGAUACGAUGGGACUUACUGCUAUGCUCACCCCUUAUCUACUUGUCAUAGUCUCUACCACACCCAUUGCGCAAACUCAGCACAAAUCAGCCAGACCAAAAGAUGUAGCACCACACAGUGCCAUGACCGGUUGUUUGGCGUGGUUUCCAGCUGUCAAACUAAAAGUACCAGAUCCCAACACGGGUAGUACGAUGUCUAAGGUGAAGCUGGUAUACUGCUGGUCUAACGUACUCACUGUAUUGGACGUAGAUGAAAUACCAUCGGACGAUAAGGACAAACCGCCGCUAUUGAAGUUCAAAGCACGUUCUAGGUGGAAGUGCGAGGAAGCAAUUGUAGCGGUCCAAUGGCUCAGCCGUUCUGUCUUGACCGUUCUGACCAUUACCCAGAGGCUCAUUGUCCUUGAAGAUCGGUCGAUGAGGAUGACGGAAGCUUUUGAUCUUAUCCACAAAUACAUAUAUCACGCUGAUCUCUUCUCCAGUCAACUGCACAAUCUAGUUGAGCAGCUUGAUGAAGAUGAUACCUCCAUGCAUGGCGUUGUUGCCGAUGCCUUCUACAUGAGUUUCAAAGCAUAUAAGGGACGUAUCUUCCUGUUGGGAUUUAAUGACGUAUCAAUUGGGGCCUUGUCCAACUGGGCGGAUCGACUGAUAGCUUUGAUGGAGAAUGGCGACUAUAUCGGAGCAAUUCAACUAGCGACCUCGUACUACACAGGCGAUGCUAACAAGUUGACGGUGGGCCUCCCCGAAGAUGCUACUUUAAGGCAUCGAAUGGUUCGUGACAAGGUAAUGGAGAUAAUGAGAGCGUCUCUUAAAUAUGUAUUUGGACAGCGGAAAAAGAACAAAUCCUCGGUAGAUGAUCAACAGCUGCGACAUCUUACGGAAACCUGCUUUAUUGCUUGCCAAAGCGUCGGGGACCUCGACUUCCUCUUUGACGAGAUGUACGAAUGGUACGAAGAUGGCGAUGCCGAAGGCAUAUUUCUAGAGGUUCUGGAGCCAUAUAUCCUUGAAAAAACGAUAUCGACUGUGCCACCAACUGCGGUUAAAGCGAUGGUCACUCACUUUGUUAGCAGGGGUUGGGAAAGCCGGCUAGAAGAGGUGAUUUGUCACAUGGAAACGACCACGCUCGAUAUCGAUCAGAUUACUUCGCUUUGUAAGAAGCAUGGCCUCUACGAUGCUCUUAUUUACGUCUGGAACCAAGCGUUAUUUGAUUAUAUAACACCCCUCAUCGAUCUACUUACUCUUUUGAUACCCCUAAUGCAGAAUACCCCGGAGAAUUUCAUGGAGCAUGAGCACCAUGGGGUUAACGCUGUUAAGAUGUUCCCUUACCUUUCUUAUACCUUAACUGGGAGGGUAUAUCCUACGGGUGAGAGGAUGCAAGAUGGAGUAGCUUCACAGGCCAAAGCCGAGCUAUACUGGUUUCUCUUUUCCGGGAAGAGUAUAGUCUGGCCUAAAGGCAACAACACGAUAUUUCGCACCCAACCGACGCAGACGGAAGAGCCAUCAUUUCCAUAUCUAAGGAUGAUACUACAGUAUGAUGCCCCGAGCUUCCUAAGCGCGCUAAACGAAGCGUUCGAAGAUCCGUUCCUGAAUGAUUCCCAGGAGAAACAGCUGAACGGCGGAACCGGAAAAGACUUACCAGAAGAGCAAAUAUUCGGCUUGACGGUUGAUCGUCAAUAUGUCGUGUCAAUCCUGCUCGAGAUUAUGAAUCCGAACGAUUUUGACCCUGCAGAUACCAUAUAUCUGGACAUGUUUAUUGCCCGAAAUCUACCCAAGUUCCCUCAAUAUCUUCUCAUCCCCGGUUCUACUCUAGAUAAGGUCUUAAUUGGGUUAUGCCGCUAUCCCGGAAUAGAUCUGGCGGAGGAUGCCCAGCUAAGCGCAGAAUAUCUACUCUCCGUGUACCAACCACCAGACAUAUCACCAAUGAUCCCUCUGUUUAAGAAAGCUUGUUUCUAUCGUAUUCUAAAACGGAUAUAUAGGAAUGAUAAGCAAUAUGCGAAGUUGUUGCAGACCUACUUCGAAGACCCAGAAGAUCAGACAGAAGUCUUCGAAUGCAUUGCGGAAUGCUUGCAGCCUCAUCCUAGCCUCCCUAAGAGAUAUGUUCAUGAGGUACAAGAUGUUAUCAAACAACAUUCACGGGAACUUGUUGAACUCGAUCCAAUCCGAGCUGCUCAAACUUUAGCUGCAUAUGCGCCUAAUUUACACAGAUUCGUCUUAGACUCACUUGAAAAAGGCUCGGAAUUACAAUACGAUUACCUCAAAGCUCUCCUUGAGCCUGACUAUGAAACUUCAGAGCAGACGACUACAGCAUUGGAUCGGGAUUUCAUCGAACAAUACGUGCAGCUCAUGUGUCGAUAUAACUCUUCCCACGUGUCCGAUUAUGUUGGUAUCGUGCAAGCCACAAACCUUAGGCUUGACAAGUUACUACCCACCAUGGAAGACACUGGGGUCAUCGAUGCUGUGGUUAUCCUUAUGGCUCGAGAAGGACAAGUGCAAGAUGCUAUGGGCCGUUUGACGAGACAUUUAGAAACAUUGGAAUCGGCUCUUCAGGGUUUGGUGGCAAAUGCCGAUGACCAUACCGACGGUAUUGACGUCAAAGAAGCUGCCGAGGAAUUACUCAGGGGGUUACAAAAUUAUACACAUGUCGGUAUAUGGCUGUGCCAAGGCCAGAUGAAGACGUCCAAGAAACUUAACGCAAUUGGUCGACGAAGCUCGCCGUCGCCUAGCGAUCUUUUACCCGAUGAAGUGUUGUGGCUUGACUUAAUAGAUACCACCGUCCAGAUUACGAGGCGUCUGUCAUCUGUUGUUUCCCCCUCUCAACCAAUCAAAGUCUCGAGCACAGCUUCACCAACGCCAGUUCUUGAUAGCGACAAACUGGUGGCACUCUUGCGCUCACUUGUACAACACACAUUCACGGCACUUAUGACCGCAACGUCCACUGAAAGCGCGGGCCUAUCUACCAACCGUCUUGUUGCAAAAUCUGGAGGCAGCCUCACGUUUCUUCGAAUUCUUCGAGCCUUUCUCACUCGUGCAGCUGCCAGCUCUCCUAACCUUGCAGACUUACGAGCCGUGUUGACAUCAAUAUUCUCCGCCUAUGCAUACGAAGAAUCAAUACUGCGACUUUCCAACAGACUCCUGGAGCAACAGCUAUUCGUCAAUGUCAAACAAGCUGUGGAGCUCCGACAGCGUGGGUGGCGACCUAGAGGUUCUACUUGUGAAGCUUGCGGGAAGCGGGUUUGGGGCCCAGGGGUAGCUGGUAACGUCUUUGAAGCUUGGGAGGAGAAACAAGCUAUCGAAAAUAGGAAACGGGAGGAAAGGAAAGCCGUGGUCGCCAACUCGGCUAUCGCGCGUGGGAAAGGCAAGGCCGAAUCUCCAAUAGAGGAGGGCGAGACAUAUAAGGGAAAAGGAAAGGACAAGAGCACUGAUAGCGGUAACGGUCCCAGCUCAUCAGAGGAGCAGGUGGCAAACGGCACACAGGACGUCCGGGGCCAAGCUAUCGAGACGAACGGAGAAGUUUACGCAAAGAGGAGAGAUCAGCCCCUUGGCCCGCUCGUCGUUCUGGCUUGCAGACACAUAUAUCACAAGGAUUGCUUGGAUGCACUACAGGCGAAGCAGGGAGCGAACGGCGUCCAUAGGGAGGUGGAUGAGUUUGGCCGCGAAGCGGAGUAUAGGUGUCCUAUCGACGGCUAGGGUAGGAAAAGGGGAAGGGGUUGGGCUGGAUAGCCGUUGUAUUUCUGUGUACAGUACGGUAGGGAGGUACUUAUACGUCGUCUCUCGAUUUUUUAGGGUCGAGCGCUAGAAUUAAGACGUUACGGAGACUUGAAUGAUAGGUUAUUUCUGGGGUUGUAAAUGAUGAAAGUACUCCUUUAUGUUUCUCAAGAUACCUAUAGUUAAGUGACCCGAAUUCUUGUAACACGAUAUCAUUCCACCGGAGAACGUAGAUAUGUAGUUGGAAA